GGCUCCUCCCAAAAAGACUACCUCGUGACCGGGCUCCCCGGAAUGGCCAAAAACAUCCCUGCCGCCGACAUGCCGCUUAUGUAUGCCGGCCAGUUGCCGCUCUACGAGAACAACAACACACACUACUUCUUCUGGAAGUUUGUGGACCGCCACAAAAGCGCGUGUGUGCAGAACCGCACGAUCUUCUGGCUCAACGGCGGGCCCGGGUGCCUGCUGAUGGACGGCGCGUUGAUGGAGGCCGGCCCGUUCCGCGUCAACGAGCGCAACGAGGUCACGCCCAACAGCGGGCUGUGGCACCGCCAGGGCGACGUGGUGUUUGUGGACCAGCCGGCGGGCACCGGCUUCAGCUACGGCACGGAGUACGACGCCGAGCUCGCGGACGUGCUGUGGCACUUCUUGACCUUCUUGGACCGCUACUUCGCGCUCUUCCCCGAGGACCUCGGCAACGACAUCGUGCUUGCGGGCGAGAGCUACGCGGGGCAGUACAUCCCGUACAUCGCGCGCGCGGUGCUCGACCGCAACGCGCGCGUGGCCGCCGCGCCCUACCGUUUGGCCGGCCUCUUGAUCGGCAACGGCUACAUCUCGCCCAACGAGCAGGGCCUCUCGUUCGUGCCGUUCGCCGUCAAGGCCGGCAUGGUCUCCACGGACCACCCGCGCUGGCGCGAGCUCUUGGCCGCGCACCAGGAGUGCCAGAGCGCCGUCGACAGGACCCACGUGGCCGCCGCCGCCAGCGCCUAUUCCGUCGUGGCCCGCACCUGCGACCGCGUGUUGAACGUUCUCUUGCAGAUCACCGCCGAUCGCCGCGCGCGCGCGGACCAGCAGUGCUUCAACAUGUACGACCACACGCUCAAGGACCUGUACCCGGCGUGCGGCAUGAACUGGCCGCCGGACCUUGCCCACGUGACGCCGUUCUUGGCCCAGGACGCCGUCAUGGAGGGCUUGAACUUGCGCUUGCACACGCCCUGGACCGAGUGCCUGGCGCCCGUGGGCGCGCACUUGAAGGCCAAGCGGCUGCAGCCGGCCGUCACCCUCUUGUCCGCGCUCUUGGACCAGGUGCGCAUCGUCUUGUUCCACGGCAACCGCGACGUCAUCUGCAACUACAUGGGCGCGGAGCUGAUGCUCCAGAACCUCGAGUGGGACGGCCACCGCGGCUUCUCCGAGCAUGUGCCCACGUACGACUGGCGCCACGACGGCGCCGCCGCGGGCUACUUGCGCUCCGAGGGCAACCUCACCUACGUCAACGUCUUCAACGCCUCGCACAUGGUGCCCUACGACAAGCCCGAGGUCUCGCGCGCCAUGGUAGAUCUCUUGUACCGCCACUUCGACGUCAGGGCCGAGGAGGGCAAGGCCCCCCAGCUCUUGACCUACCCGGUCGGCCGGGAGGCCGCCAACGGCUCGUCGACUCUGACCCUGCUGGGCGCCAGCGGCACGGCCGCGGCGCUGGCCUCGGGCCCCGCCGUGCGCGUGAUCCAGCUUGCGGUCAUUGUCGUGUUGAUCUGGGGCGUCUGCGCUCUCUACACCACCUACCGCGCGCGGCCCACGUCGAUAAUCAAGACCAAGCCCGCGGGCCGCAAGAAGAAUGUGAUGUGGGCGGACCAGCUCGAGCUGGGCGCCAGGCAGCCCAGCCCGUCUCUCCUAGCCAAGGCCCUAGGCAAGUUCAAG